AUGCCAUACCUCGUCAGCCUCCAUUUGAUUAAACUGCACUAUCCUAAUAGAAUAUCAAAAGGAUAUGUGAUCUAUCGUGUUCGUGUUAGGCGUGGUGGAAGGAAAAGGCCUGUGCCCAAAGGUAUUGUGUAUGGUAAGCCAACUAACCAAGGUGUUACUCAGCUCAAAUUCCAGCGCAGCAAGAGGUCCGUUGCUGAAGAACGUGCCGGAAGGAAAUUGGGUGGUUUAAGGGUUCUCAACUCAUAUUGGAUCAAUGAGGAUUCGACUUACAAAUACUUUGAGGUGAUUUUGGUUGACCAAUCCCACACAGCUAUCCGAAAUGAUCCAAGGAUCAACUGGAUUUGCAACCCGGUUCAGAAGCAUAGGGAGCUUAGAGGGCUUACAUCUGCUGGAAAGAAAUACAGAGGUCUUAGAGGAAGGGGCCAUUUGCACCACAAAGCACGUCCAUCGAGGAGGGCCACUUGGAAGAGGAAUCAAACAAUUUCCCUUCGUCGUUAUCGUUAAUCUGGUUAAACUUUUUUUGUUCUAGCUGACAUUGGGAGAGGAGUUGUAUUGUUGGUUGAUUGAACUGAACAUGAUACUUGUGAGUUUUUGGGAACUUAAGUGUUUGGUUGAGAUUUUGUUACAUGUUAAAAGACUCUUUGUAGCAGUUUCACUUUCUUGCCACGGUUGGAUUAUUAUAACUUUAUUUUAUUGCUCAAGUUAAUUCUUUCUGCUUAGAUCUAUAGUGGCUAGGCUAAGUUUGUCUUUGGUUUUAUUAUUUUUUAAAAUAAAAGGAUGUGAAACUAUGUGAUGAA